GGAUUUGCGCUGAUGCUGUAACUGUGGGGGAAGCAGGCGGACGCCGUUGGUUUUCUUGCAGUCGCUGGUGUCAGUCGUCGUCGGACAGACGGUUCGGAUUGAUGUCUUCUCUCAGGAAUUUAUUGCCGGCUGCCACGUUGCAUCCGCGUUUUAGAGAAGCGCAUUCGCGUAUUGGAUUUUAAAAAGGAGAUGGGAGAUGAGCCGCUUACCGUAGGGUAAUCGAGAUGCUGGGGUCAAAGCAACACUCACAACACACUGGAGGAACUCAGCAAGUCGGGUAGCCUCUGUGGAAACAAUCAGUCAAUGUUUUGGACCGGAACCCUUUGUCUGGACUGAAGAGGGAAGGGGCAGAGGCCCUAUAAGGAAGGUCUGAAGAUUUAAAUACUUUUGGUGGUGGCAGCAAGCCGGCAUGACACUGCAGAAACCAACUUAACUUGGUGGUGGUAUUUUACAGCAUUUUGACUCGUAAUUUCAGACAGACUGUGGUUGCGUGGCAGUUUUGAAGUUUUAUUUUCUCAGCAGUAAUAGGCAAAAAGCUUGGAUCGUGCGUGACAUCAGCAGUUGGUAGUGUUUCAACAUCAACAAGGAUGGGCACUUCAAGGGUCACUUUCAAACUCAAGGGGAGUACACUUCCAGGAGAAUUGUUGGCAGUAUGUGGGAAUUCAACUGCACUUGGCAGUUGGUCUUUUCAGAAAGCUGUGUUUCUCGAACCCGAUGCAAAUGAUGACAUUACAUGGACUGCAGCGGUUGAACUUCCAAGAGCCACUCUUUUCCAGUAUCGCUAUUUCAAAUGUUAUGCCACUGAACUGAAGAACCCUGCUGAUCUUCGGCAAGUGCUAGUCAACAAGUGGGAGACUCAUCCUCAUCCACGAUCAUUUAUUCCGUCGGAAGAGGAAUGCAUUUUGGAUGAUGGAUAUUUUGGGAUACAUGGCGGCAUUGAAAAAUUGGAAUCUGGGUGGCUGACAUGUCAAAGUGAAAUUCGCUUGAGGUUGCACUAUUCUGAAAAACCUCCAGUUUCUAUAUCCAAGAAGAAGUUCAAAAAAUCAAGGUUUAGGGUAAAGUUGACAUUAGAGGGAUUUGAAGAAGAGGAUGAAGAUGAUGACAAGCUGGUGACUCCCUUGGCUGAAAAAAUUGCUCCUAUUUUAGAAAUUACUUUAAUCAGUAACAAUGGAUACAAGUCACGUCACUCACAGCCAGAAUGUGGAUAUGCUUUGGAACCUGGCCAGUGGACUGAAUAUAGCAUUCAAACUAUGGAGCCAGAUAACCUGGAGCUGAUUUUUGACUUCUUUGAGGAAGAGUUGGGAGUAGCAGUGGUACAAGGUGAUGCACUCCCUGGUCAUGUAGGCUCAGCCUGUCUUCUCUCUUCAACAAUUGUGGACAAGUCCAGUGGAGUUAUCACUCUUCCUAUCAUGAGCAGAAAUUCAAGACAAACUAUUGGAAAAGUAAAAGUUGACUACAUCGUUAUUAAGCCUCUAGAUGGCUUUGUUUGUGACAUGUCUCCUUCAUUGUCCAAGUGCUGGAAACCCAGAAUGGCUUUAGAUGUUGGGCACAGGGGUGCUGGAAAUUCAACAUCUGCAACCCUCGCAAAGGUCAGAGAAAACACAAUAGCUUCCUUUAAAAAUGCCGCUAGUCACGGUGCUGCCUUUGUAGAAUUUGAUGUACAUCUUUCAAAGGACCAUAUUCCCAUUGUUUACCACGAUCUCACCUGUUGUAUAGCGAUGAAAAAGAAAUUGGACAAAGAAUCUUCAGAAUUAUUUGAAAUUCCUGUAAAAGAACUUACAUUUGAACAGUUACAACUGUUAAAGUUGGCUCAUGUGGCUGCUUUGAAGGUGAAUGCUGAUAAAGAAAAUUUGGAUGAUGAAAAUGGUGCUUCAGACAACCAGCCAUUUCCUUCCUUACAGCAGGUUUUAUUAUGUGUGCCUGAGAAUAUUGGGUUCAACAUUGAAAUUAAAUGGCCCUAUCAACAAAAAGAUGGUACUUGGGAGGGUAACUUGCCAACAUAUUUGGACAUGAAUAAAGCUAUUGAUGUCAUCCUAAAAUGUACCUUGGAAAAUGCAUCUAACCGUCAAAUAGUGUUCUCUUCCUUUGUUGCUGAUGUCUGUUCUAUGAUCAGGCAGAAGCAAAACAAGUAUCCAGUACUUUUCUUGACCCAAGGCAAUACUGAUGCCUAUCCAGAGCUUAUGGAUCUCCGAUGCCGAACUACACCAAUUGCAAUGAGUUUUGCACAGUCAGAAAACCUUCUAGGAGUCAACGUGCACACAGAGGACUUGCUGCGAAAUCCUGAGUAUAUUCAACAAGCUAAAUCAAAAAAAUUAGUCAUAUUUUGCUGGGGUGAUGAUACCAAUGAGUCAGAAAAUAGGAGGUUGCUGAAGCAGAAAGGAAUUGAUGGCCUUAUCUAUGACAGGAUCUGUGACUUUAUGCUGGGGCAGACAAAUAUAUUCCAAGUUGAAAAAUUAGAUCAACUGAAGCAACAGUUACCAGAGGAAGCAUUUGUUGAUUGUUCUUGUCCUGAUAUCAACCACUUCACUUGCCAAUCAAUUCCAGGGCACGAUGACAAUGGAAGUACAUAUUCAAGUGAAAUAAAAAGUGGCGAGCAGGAAAUGUACAGUACAGAAUCAGACUCUGGGCAAAGCUGUAGUUCAUUUUGAUCAGUCCUUGAUUUUGCUCCUGUUGCAGUGUUACUAGGUUUCUUCCUUUGGAGUAACAUGAACAAUUUCAUUCCUUUUCACAUUGUCAAUUAGUUUAAAAGAAACAUUUUCUGUGAAUGUAUUUUUGGAGAGUUCAUGCUUUUUAUUUUGUAUAUAUUUUGUGCCAUUUAAACUCGGAUGAAUGAGGGGGUUUGCAUUACAUUAGUGUUUAUAUUGUAAGGUUGUGUUGGUAUUUGGUUAAUUUUUAUCUGGGCAAGGAUUUCACAUUCGGGUAUAUGCACAUGCCAAUUUGUUUGAGGAAGAAAACUCAGUUUUCAACAAAUUGAGAAGGGAGCCUGAUUUAUAAUUUAAGUCAAUUUUAGCAAGAAUAUCUGCCUCAUGUAAUAAACACUUGCCAUAAACAUUUUUAUAAAAUGGAUGGUAAUUGCAUUUGAUUUUGCUGACAUUCUGAUCAAAAUAUAUACAUUAUCUAAAUAUCAAAUGUUUCUUUGCAUGUAGAUAGUGUACAAAUAUAGAUUACAUUACAACUUUCCAUUACCCGUAACAAAAUUUGUAAUGUUAACUUAUUUGCUUUCAAGUGACAAAUACUGACCUCACUGAAUUAAAUUAGGUAUUGUCUCAAUAUUUCAUUUGUAUAAACGAGAAUGCAAUGAAAGAACAAAGUUAUGUAAUUUGGUAUACUAACUGUAUUACUGAAGUACUAUAGGGACUCUUGUCGUUAUAGCUUCAUGUGAAGGAAAUAGCAAUUGUAAAGCUGAUUCUUAGUCCCAGCAUUUUGAAGUCUUUUGCAUAAACUUUAGCAGCUGUGUACGAUUGCUGUUCACAAUUAAGGAUUUGACUUGACGUACAGUUAGUAAAUUUGCUAUUUAAAAAUCAUGUUUUGCGAAAUAGUGUGGAUAUGUCCAUCUUAAUUUAGAAAUGUAAUAACAUGGAAUUGGGAUUUUUGUGCACAUGUAAAAUUUUAAAUUCGAAUUUAAUAUCUCAUUGAGAUUCAAUACUGUACAUAUGUAGUCUGAUACUUGUUAUGGUCUCAGGGAAAUUACUAUAAGGCUCUUGGGUUAGAUUGAGUAUUCUAUUGUGUUAAAUUGAUGUUUGCAGUGUCGAAUUUUAAUUCACUUUUGGAAAUAAAAAUUAUAAUUUGGUGUUGCUAUCUGAGUAAGGGCAAUGAAUUGAGAACAGAGAUUGAGCAACUUGUUCACCUCAUUUGAUCCCAAAUUUAAUUUGUACUUUUAACUUCUUUUGACAUUAUAUUAAGUAUAAUUGAGUCUAUAUACAAGUGAGGAUGCCUGAUGAAUGGUCAUUAAAUAAGAUGGUUCACUCUUAACACUUACUGUACUAUUAAAAUCUUUGAAUUGA